CACUUCCGGUGCUGCUGCGUGUUACCUGCCGUCACCUUGACGCGGUGCUGACGGUCCAUCAGUCGGCAUGACAACGCGCUCCGGAGAGCAGACGGGGAGCGGCUGACGGGCGCGGGGAUGGCAGCACAAGAUGCCCAGUAACGCAACCAGCGGCGGGAACCGAGAGAACCCCAGCAGCGGGAGUUGCUCCGGGACCGGGUCCGGAAGCGGCUCCUUCCAUGUCCCGACCAUGGAGAGAGCGCGUCCGGUGACGGUGACCGUGUCCGCGGUGAGCCUCGCGCUCAGCGUGUUAUCCCUGCUGCUGCUGGUCACCGCCAUCUCCACCGACCACUGGUACGAGACCGACACCCGCAGACACAAGGACAACUGUGACCGCCACGGGUCCGACUCCAACGACCAGAAGAACCGGGAGAUGCCCAUCUACCACCUGCCGCUGGUGGACACCGGCAGCGGCGGAGCGCGGCAGCGGGACGUGGCGCUGAUGAAGCCCGUUCAUGUAGGCAGCAGAGAGGAGGAGCUGCUGGAGAACUGGCGGGCCAUCCUGGGGAUGGGCAUCCUGGAGACCGAGUGCGGCAGGCCGCUGUUCUCCACACACUCCGGCCUGUGGAGGAAGUGCUACUUCAAGAGCCUGGACCCGGACAUCGACAAGCUGAUCGACCGGGGUAUUGCAGAUCGCUGCACGGCUGUUAAGUAUCACUUCUCCCAGCCAAUCAGAUUGAGGAACAUCCCUCUGAACCUGACCAGGACCAUCCAACAGGACGAGUGGCACCUGCUGCACCUGCGGCGCAUCACGGCAGGCUUUCUGGGCAUGGCGGCGGCCGUCCUGCUGUGUGGGAGCAUCGUGGCGUCCGUAGGUUUCUUCUGGGAGGAGAGUCUGACGCAGCACGUCUCCGGGCUGCUCUUCCUCAUGGCAGGGAUUUUCUGCACCAUCUCCUUAUGUACGUAUGCGGCCAGUGUGACCUACGAUCUCUCCAGAAACCCUCCCUUCAUUUACGGUCUGCCGGCUGAUGUGGAUCAUGGUUAUGGCUGGUCUAUCUGCUGCGCCUGGGCCAGUCUGGGUCUGACCGUGGCUGCUGGCUGUCUCGGUACCACCUUCCCCUUCCUGAGGCGGGCUGGAGCUCUGCGCUCCAAAACUGCUCGCGAGUCCUCCGUCUGAGAAGACGGCUGUCAGUCAAACAGAGAAGCAGGAGGGGUUGAAACCUCGGACAACAUUUGGUGAACUGGUUCAUUGAACUGGGCUGUGCCAGGUUUGUGUGACCCGGGUCUUGGACAAACUGGAAGUGGGUCCAGCUGGAGCUGUUGGAGAUCAACACCUGUUUCCAAACUGUUUUCAAUGGAUCACACUUUCAAUCUCAUGCAAAGUGUUUGUAAGACAAAUGAGUGACCCAGCUGAGGGACUGCAUUGGUGUUUAUGAUGUGGACACAUGUCACAGCUGAGGUCUAAGACCGAGCAGCCAAGACUGAGACCAGCAGAAAAUUUCGACCACUUUCAUGGUUAUUUAGAUCUUAAAGGUGAGGGACAGGUGUACUGCAGUACCCUGUGACAUCAUUCGCUGUAGCCAGUAAGAACCUUUUUUCUGCUUCUGUUUUCAUUUAAUUUCCUCACUCCCUCUCUCUGAUUGGCCAGGCAGUAUAGAGUGUCACAACAUCACAGAUCAAUCAGUUCAGGACAAGAAGUGAAAGUGUGAAAUGAGACGCAGCUCAGUGAUGUUUACUUCCUGUUUCAGAGUCACCCUGUACUCGGAAUUCAGAUCAGGUCCAGGAUCAGGUCCAGAAUCAGUGUGGAUGUGGGCUUAGAUUCUGUUGAACAUCAGCUGAUUAGCUGAAGUUAACGUCACAUGCUGCCUUCACACCUUUACUCAUCUGUCAACCUGCAGCCAUGACGUUCGCCUCAGAUAUUAGAGCUCAGUCCUCAUCCAAAAUCUUGAAAACGAAUUCACACUGUGAGGACAAAACAUGACAGUAUUACGGUGGUUCUCACAGAGUACACUACACGGCCACAGCUGGUCCUGGCCCUCCACAACCCAGAUCUGGACCAAAACAGUGCAAUAAAAGAGACAGUGAUGACUGAGAGGACAAAGUCUUCAGACUCGACUGCUGCAGCUGAACCUGAUGAUCCAAACCUGCAUGGCCUAACAGAAGGUUUGUUCUGAUCUGAGUGCAGAAACAGCUUGAGAUAAGUUUGAUUCCAGUUUCAGGUCACCUGAUGACUUCAAUCAUCCAGUGAGCCUGAACUUUAUAAUAGUGAAUGAAAUAUCUAAACUAACUGUCACCAACAGCAAGAAAGUUAACUUAAAGUUCUUUAGACAGAGUCGCAUCUGUAGAGAAAAGGUCGUCCUUGUGGUGUUGUGUGUGUGAUCAUCCAGUCUGACGGACAGGUGAGGUGACCAGCGUCAAGUAUAAGCAGCUCAGAGGUGAGAACCAUCAAACUGGUCGUGGUUCUGCUGUGUCUCCUUUAGCUCUCCGUCUGUUAGCCCGUUGAUAAUGACAAGAUGUGUCAGGAUCUGUUGAAGGUUUGAAUGGCAGAGUUCACACACACACACACACACGUGUAUAUAAAAGUUUUGUGUCUUUACCUGAUGAGUUGAAGCCAUGUUAUUGAGUUGUUUGUUUCAGUGCUUUCAGCCAUCUGCCUGUGAGCUGAGCCACAGACUGCGACUCUGACCUGGACUGAACUGUUGAAACAUCUCGUAUGUCUGGAGAACCCAUGGAACAUUUAGAACAACUACAGUCCCUUUACUCACUGAACACUGGACCUGCUUCAGACUGACUGCCUUGUCUUCCUCUGACACACCGGAAGUCCAGGUUCAAACAUGUAACUGACUGAAUGCUGCUGCUUGGUGCUUUAUUAUUUGUUGAAUUUAGAAGUCAGAGUUCACAAAAAUUCCUUUGGUGGUCCUCAGCUCAGUGACAGAUACUGCAGCAGGCUGGAUGGAUGCCACAUCUUUAUCCUCUGAUAGGUUUCUGUCCUUGCUUAUCGUACAGUCUGAUGGGGGCGUUAACAUUCCUCCAUCAGAUAUUUCUGAUCGUCAGCAUCUAUCCAAGACCCCCAAGACCUCUCUCUGCCUCUGAAACAGUCUGAUACACCAUCAUACCCAUCUUAACUCCCCAGUCCCCCUAAUGUCCUCUUAAACCUCUCAAAUCCUCCUCCUUCUAAGAUUUUCUAGUGUCCCUCCAGUACCUUGUUAGACCCCAUCAUACCUCUCCUGUAAUCUUCAAUACCUUCUCCCUCCCCCAGUUCUCUCAGACCCUGCACAGCUGGACCAAGGCAACAGGAAUAGGACAUGAGCCGUACAGUAUCCUUAGCCUCCACGACCCUUCCAUUAUCAAAAUUUGAGGUUGGUAUCCACAAAAGUGCUUAAUUCUGUGUCAGAGAUGGAGUUUGAAUGCGGUGCAUUGGUUAAUUGGAACAACCAGAGUAGCUCUCCUGUUUUGCCAAAAAAAGCUUAGCAGUUUGUAUGUUGUCAUACUGGCAGUAAUGCAUUCUGCGGUAGGUUUUCAACAGCGUGACAGUUACAGUGUCUGCAGUGGAAACCCUGUCUGAUCGUGGGUUUAGGCACACAUGUCAUCUGCUGAGUAGCUUGAGGAUGGAAGGUCUGGGCAGAUAGAGGCUAACCUAUCAUUCUCCUUCUGCUUGUUCUGAAUUAUUAUGAUUAUUAAUUUUGUAACUAUUAAAUCCUCUUAUUUCCUCUGAAACCUCCCACUAGCCCUCUUUUACGCUUUUAAAUCCCUGAGACCCUUUUACACCCUUUGGUAUGAAAAGCUGCUGAUGCCCCAUCAUAACCUCCUCUAACCCCAGUCUGCCUUUACUACCCCAUCAUAUAAUCCCUGUACUUUUGAACACCCAUGGAAAACCUCCAACCCCCACCCCACUGAAACCUCCCAAUCCCCUCGAAAAUUUCAUGGUUCUCCUGAUGGUCUGAAAUCCUGUGCUGCCCUCUGCUGGACACUCAGCGUCUCUUCAGUUUUUCUGAUGUUCAGCUGUAAAUAAACAAUAUAAACACUGACUCUCUUCUUCUCUGCAGUGUUC